CAAGUGGCAGAGUGGACUCAAACAGGUAAGUCAUCAUAACUUUAACAUUUAUUUACGCGAGUCUGUGAAAAAAACGUCUAAAAGCAACUUCAGCAUGACGUAUUUGGUCAUAGAGUGAAAUCGUGAGUUUUGAGGGAGAGCUACUUGACGUUAGCAGAGCAGCUAGCGCUAGCUAAUUAGCUGCGUCACGGGUCUAUUUAAAAGCCAAGAAUGCCAAGCUGAGAAUGUUUACGCUCCUCCCUCCAUGGCUGAAAAUCAAGCUUGUUGUUCUGGGUUGUGAGCGUGAGUCUACAUUGAAAACAAAGGCUUUAUGUACGCAAAAGAUACUACACUUGAACGCCCCCCCACACGCUUUAACCACCUUGGCCUUCGAUAGACAAGGAAAACCAUGAUGUGGGACUGUUUGUUAGAUGAUUGCCUGUUCGCCAUCACUCUUAGUAACUAGUAUAACUCAUUUAAACAUUUUCAUGAAAUGCAAUAUUUAUAUAACCCCAAACUCUGUUAAUAUUAUGAUAUUUUUGUAUUAAUGAUUAGGUAUGUGAUGGCUUCCCUUAGAGGAUGCAGUGGAACAUGUUGUGAAAGCACUGGACAAGACUGCAGAACUGGAAGUAAAAUACAUCAACUCCAAUAAAGGUCGAGGGGUGUUUGCCAAAUCCCAUUUCUCAAAAGGAGACUUUGUGGUGGAGUACAGAGGGACGUUGAUAAAUUUGGAAGAGUCAAUAAAGAGGAAGAGGACCUAUCACAGCUCAUGUGCUGUUUUCAUGUUUGACUUCUACUGGAAAGAAAAGACAUGGUGCAUUGAUGCAGCCCAAGAAGAUGGCAGCCUUGGACGCCUUGUCAAUGAUGACCACAGGCACCCAAACUGCAAAACGAAGAGGGUCAUUACGGAGGCCAAAUCAUACCUCUGCCUAUUUGCUUUGAGGGACAUACAGCCAGGAGAAGAAAUUACAUAUGACUAUGGUGGAAAUGAUUGGCCAUGGAGGAAACAGACAGAAGAACAGCCUUGUGUGGCCGAGUCCUCUCACUCUCAGGUCUCCACACCAGCAGAGAAGGUUGCUGAGACACCUCCAUCCACCAUCACACAGAACAAGGAUGAAUCAGGACCGAUUCUUUCAUCAAACAAAGCUGGAGUCGAUCGUCACCUUGUAAGCUACACGGAUUCUGAUGAGUCUCUGUGUCCAUGCACCAGUUCCUCCCAGCUAAAUGAAAGAUACUCACAGUUGAUUUCCUGUGAGUCGUUGAGGUCUGAGGUGUUGAUCACUGUGGUGUUGGAGGUCAGGGGGCUAGGGGUGGAUGCUGGUGGAGGGUCUGGACAAACCUUCUCUUGUUUUUCUGCUCAAGGUUACUUGAUUUACAUAGCAGAACAGGACUGUUUUUUUGUUUGUUUUUUUGAGACAGUAUCACUUAAAUGAUUGAUAUUAAUGAAUCAUAUUGUAAUGUUCACAUUCAAAAAAUCUGCUUGGAUUUGCAAAAAAUUGUUUUGAUACAAUUUAUUUUUCUUAUGUGAUAGCAGGGCUGUCAAGCUAUUAAAAAAUAGCCCUUGACCCAUGUCUGUCUGUUACUUAAGAUGACUUGUAGUAAUAAAAUCUUAAACAUUGCAUCA